AUGAAUGAUUGUGUGAUGAAUGCAAUGACUAACACUCACAAACCCGCUCAAGAACCAACUCGCGACGACAAUUCGUGGAGGAAUCCUCGCAAGCUCAAUCUACUAAUCUGCCUUAUAGGCAGGGUAACCAAGGAGGUCGACCUCUGCGAGCCAAUGAGGAAGCCACAACCAACUACCCGAUCAUGGAAGAUGAUCCUGGCAUCAUCUUUCAAAGGAAGGAAGUUUCAAGACAACGAAGUGCCCAUCACCUCCGGGGGUACUAUCCACGAAGCUCCUCACUUAUUAGCUCGGCUCCAAGGAGGCGGCCAACCCUCCCUCGCCUCCAUUGAAGAUAAGUUACUUUUGAUGUUACCCAUAUAA